CUACAGAUAAGUAGCAAGACUGUGAGCAGAGCAGAGCAGAGUAGAGUAGAGUAGAGCCUCCGGGUGUGGUGGGUCUAUUGAAGGACUGCUAGCGCACAGGUACCCAGGGAUGAGAGGCAAGCUGGACAUCGUGGGCCUGGUGCUGGGCUUCAUCGGCCUGAUCGGCGUGGUGACCAUCACGGGCCUGCCCAUGUGGAAGGUGACGGCCUACAUCGGCGCCAACCUCAUCGUCAUGGAGACGCAGUGGGACGGGCUGUGGAUGAACUGCAUCAAUCAGGUGAACAUCCGCAUGCAGUGCAAGGUGUACGACUCGCUGCUGAUCCUGCCGCCGGAGCUGCAGGCCGCGCGCGGGCUCAUGUGCGUCUCCAUCGUGCUGGCCACCGCCGCCCUGCUGGUGUCCUUCUGCGGCACGCGCCGCACCAACUGCUUCGGGGACGACGCGCGGGGGAAGCGGGUGACCCUGGCGCUGGGCGGCGCCCUCUUCCUCCUCUGCUGCGUCACCACCCUCAUCCCCGUCUGCUGGACGGCGCACACCAUCAUCCGCAACUUCUACGACCCCCUGGUGAUCGACGCACGCAAGCACGAGCUGGGCGCGUCGCUCUACGCCGGCUGGGCCGCCGCCGGGUUGCUGCUGGCGGCCGGCGCCAUCCUGGUGUGGCGCUCCACCGCCCGCGACGGGCAGGCUGGCGAGGAGUACCACCUGCAGCCCGUGCCGACGAGCGAGCGGGACGGCGGCGACGGCGACCACGCGGGGCUGGGGCGCAAUCCGUCCAGCACUUACAGCAAGAGCCAGUAUGUGUGAGCGACCAGCAGCGGCCGGCCUCUCCGUGAGAAGCCACAGGACUGAUCCCCUCUGUGGAGUCAUCAGGGCUGAUCUCCCUUUGAGAAGGGGCAGUGUGGAAUAGUGGGUAAGGAACUGGGCUACUAACUGAAAGGUUCCAGGCUCGAUUAGUAGGUAGGACACUGUAGUUGUGCUCCUGCGUAAGGCUCUUAACCUGAAUUGAGUCAGUACAUAUCCAGCUGUAUAUAUGGAUACUAUGUUUUAAAAAAUGUAAUGUAUUAUCUCCGGGGCUGAGCUAUUUGUGCUCUUAGAGGUGUGAAAAUGGAUGAAAUGCACAGAACUCUGGGACGUUCAGAGAGCACUGCUCCCCAUUAAAGUCAUGUAAAACUGUCUAGUUUUAAAGCUGCUGUAAUGUACUUAAUUUGUAUUUAUCUUUAUAUGUAUUUAAAAAUAUGGAUGCUUAUGUGUAUUGUUAUUUUAGUGUGCAUGACAUUUGCAAGCAAUAAAUAAUG